CCCGUCUCCUUUCUGUUUUCGCCUUGCUGUCACCAGGGAGACUAUACUCACGUCAUGAUAUGUUGUAUCUGAACAUUUAUACGUCAUACACGGCUUUCGCGACCGCCCUGGCUUCAUUGAUCAUGUGCAUGAGCCCCUCCGCCAUGGCUUGCGCGUCUUCGUAGGCCCUCAUGGCGUCCUCGGCCCUGCCAGGUCUUUUAGAUGAGCCCUUCUUGCCCUUGUCACUCCCACCAGCAUCCCGCUGCUGCCUCGCCCUCGCAGCACGCUUCUCAUCACCCUGAUCACACACAUACCCCAUUCUCACAUGCACAGAGACCUAUACAGCCUUAUAUCAGUGAAGCUGAUGCUCGGCUCACAAGGAGUGUUUGUAUUUCCAUCUUCACUUUGGUCAGCCCGUCAGCAAGGCGCUGGACGGUCUCUCGCUGCUCGUCUGGAAGAGGCACAUGGCCGUCAGUCGCCAUGCUGUUGUCGAUGGGUUUGGUGGCAGUGGGUAUGGGCAGGUGUUCGGUCCAGAAGUGCUGAAGCAGCUCACGCGCCUUGACCAACUCUCGCUGCAACGCAUCACUCACACGACUGUCCACGCCAGCUGAUUCAAGACACAGAUCCGACGAACAAGGAAGGAAGGUGUAUGCCAGAUCAGGGCCGGUGACGUACUGAUCGUCCACCUGAUUUUGCAGUGAUUUUUUUGCCAGUCGAUACGGCCUGUGUGAAUACUGCGAUGGCUGUCUUGCCCUCCGUCACAUCUGGAUGGAUCUGAUGAGACCGCAAGCACACGCGCACCAUGAAAGGACAAUGACCAGGGUCAUGACCAGGACGCAGGCAUCUCGUGCAUCAGUCAGUCACCUUGAGAAGGAAGGAUGGCUUCCAGUUCUGGAAGUUGGUCAUCAGCUCGCCUAUAAAAUGACACCGCAGCACAUGAAACUCCGGGAACUUCUGUCUUGUUGCUCGCCUACCAGUGGCCCUGUCCGUCCCAUGUGUCCUGCCAGCCACCGGUGGCUCCCCAACUGACCCUGCAGCGGCCGAGGUGGCCCUAAGCUUGGUGAACACGCUCUGCCGGUCGAGGGGCAGCCGCUCAGCCGUCGCGCUGCCAUCCAUCGCCCUCUGAUUGGGCCUUAUCCGCUUGGAUGGGCUCCGAUCGAGCGGCAGGUCGUCGAGGAGCACCUCACGGAUGAGGUGAUCGUGGCGAUCAUCAUCUCGCGGCCGCUUUCCUGCCCUCCUUUCGUCCGCCUGGGGGCUCUCGGGCUCCUGCUUGACCACCACAGGGGGGCGGCUGGAGGCUGGCGCUGUCAGCUCCGGUGGGGACGGCUUGGUGGCCGCCGCAAUGGCGGCUUCGUUGAAGAGGUUCUUUCGCGAUUGGUUGUUGAAUCUGUUGACGAGUAGCUGGUACUGCGAGGGUCGGGUGUAGUAGGACAGGUCGCCAGCCAGCGAAGUGAAACUGUCGCGAGUGCCGAACCCUGACAGACAUGAAACAGAGACAUGCAUGGAGAUUGCUUGUCUUCCACUGCACAUGUCGGUGGCUAACCUUUCCUUCGGACGGCCUCGCUAGCGAUGAGGUCGACAGAGGGCAGCACGGACUCCUGCACUUCAGGCGUGGUGGGGCCCUGAAAACCGAAAGCCAUGCAUGGACGAGAAGGAGUGAGGCAUUUCUCUCCAGAACAGAAGAUGGAUGCAUGUCAGAGUGACCUGUGCGUGUAGCAGCUGUUUCUCGAGUCCCCUGACGACGACAUUUUCCUCGUCGCUCUCGACUGAGAGUGAGGGUCCCUCCUUGCCCACCAGCCUGUGGUACAGCCGGCUGCGGAAGAGCUUCUGCCAAAACUCCACGUGGCUGAGGUGGUGCGGCACCAGCCUGUCGUACCGCGCCUUCAACUGUGGGUACUCAGUGAACAUCUCACGGAGAGCAGCCUCAGACACGUGCUGGUACUCCUUGGGCCGCGGCGCCCUGUCCUUGCCUGACUCGCCCGAUGUGGUGGCGCGCUUGGGGCUGGUGGGUUUGGCCGGGGGAGGGCCAAGGAUUUGCAUGCGACGCACCAGACCGCGACGAGUGCCACCCUCCGCUGCCCCAUGAUGGUCCGCGGCCGUGGUGGCCGCCCUCAUGUCACCCAUGGUGGCAAACACGUCGGCAAACUCGUAGUCGCGCGCACCGCCGCCGUCGCCGUGCUCCUCCGACUGGUACUUGGACUCCAUGACGCGGAAGAGUGUCUCGACCAGGAGGUCCUUGUCUACAUGCAAGUGGGGCAAAUCCUUGUCGGCCGCGUGCUCCACACUCUGGCCCUUCUGUAGCAGAUAGGCGCGUCGGUGAGUGGGCUCCUGCCUGAGGAACGUCCUCACGAGCCCAGGAUGGUCGAGGACAUAGUGCAGGAGGGUCUCAUAGUGGACUCGCCAGAAUACGUCAUCGGUCAUGAGCGGCACCCUCUCAACCUUGUCGUCCUUCUUGCCUCCCCUAUCCCUCUGCCCCGCUGUCUUGGCCACAUCAUUGCCAAGCACCAGCAGGCUGUAGGCCAUCCGCAACUCGGCCGUCUCGGUCCCAUUGUCGGGGGCGGCUGUGCGCCCACCAUCUCCUCCCUCCUUUUUGCUGCGCCCCGUGCCGUCUGCUGCAUCCUCAUCUGCAUGAUCCAUGUCGGGCAGCUGGGCCGCUGACGCAGCGGACGAGAUGCCCUUUGCUGCUGCCGCGUCGCGCCUCUCUGGGUUGAGCAAGGCUUGCUUGUAGUGAGUCAGCAGCCGUUCGCUGAGGAACUGGUGGUACUCGUGGUCGAUCUGCACCACUGUGGGCUUGGGCUCGGCCGCAGCCGGCUGGGAGGUCGCCUGGGUGCGUUUGGCGAUGCCCUCGAGGACAGCCUCGUAGACCUUGGUGCACUCCUGCUGCCGCGUGGUCACAUCCGAGUGGGUGAACUCGACGAUGGCCUUGUCGCCGCCAAUCUCGUCGGGCCCAGUGUGGGCACCUGGCCUGAGUACGAACUUGAGUACGGCCCUCUCCAUGUCCUGCUUGCUGCGCUGGACCUUCUGGACAGACGUGUAGAAGAGCAGACGUUUCUCGUUGGCGGCAUUUACCAGCAGCAGCCGAUAGUUGGUCGCCAGCAGGGUCCACUCCUUCUGCUUGUACUUGACCGUGAUGUUCGAGUGCAACGGAACCUCCUGCUCAGACAU